ACUUACAACAGCCUGUUAGCUCAACCAGUUAUUUGCGCAAGUUUGAUUUCAGCAGUUAAAAGCAUCCAUGCAUGAAUUUUUAAUAACAAGAGCCUAACAUGGUUUAAUCUGUCACGACCUGAGCUGCCCCUGUCUGUACAUUAGUUUGAAAGGAGCUCAAGGUCAAAGCAGGCGCUUAAAGGAGAUUAUGUCAGAAGAAGUUGCGUCUCUGCAUUAGAACACAAACCCAAAUGCCACCAACAAUAUUAGGCCUACUUGUGAGAAGUCACCCACAUUUAUCAGCAAUGGUCCACUUCAACAAAUCUCUUAAUCUUUUUAUCAAGAAUUGAACUGCUUUGCCUUCGUUUCGUUUCUGAAACAAUUUCAUCAUUAUUACUCUCUCUAAGUGAAGUGUUUCAUUAGUAUUCUCCGAACAAAGUUCUGCUGAUGCUUUUAUGUUCGUCAAACUGCUACCUUGUUUUGCCCAAAUCAUCCGCAUCAAGUCAAACCCCCAGAGGAAACUUUGCAAUAUCCCGUAAUCAACUGUUCAACUAGAGCACCAUUUGUUUUGACAACAUCACCGCAUACCCUUUCCCAUGAGCAUCCGGCAAUUGCUUUUUCAUGUGCUUACCACUUUUCCCAGCCACAAUUUAUUUGCCAAAUUUUGAGCAGUUUAUAUUUUGCAACCUAUUUCAUUACUUUUUUGCUCAACAACUAACACAUUUGGCUUAAGUCCCUAUUUUUAAUCGAUUCAAACUCCGAUUAAAACUAAUUUGUACAUUUUGUAGAAUUCACUUUAGCUACAGGUUUGUUUUUGGUUAAAUUUGACGAGCAAGUAUGAAAGUGGCUGCCUACUCUUCAAAUCUGCUUCUCUACUUACUUAAUGCACACUUCUUUAUUGUUAAUGCACAGCAACAAAAUGGAGUGGGCGAGGAGGAGAAGAAGAUUCAGCCGCUGGCCAAUUUGGAGGUGUUUGUUCAGCCGGAGGACAUUGGCCUCAUGUUCGGUUUGUUCGUAGACCGAAUGCAAGUCGUGUCCGAAGUUGAAAACACCAUUUCAUUUGACGGCAUUGAAAUUAAUGCCAUCCUCACUGUCCUCAGCUGGGUUGUGUUCUGGAUUGACCCAGAGUCUGUGGCGGAGAGGGUGAACAUCUGCCUCGCUCUCAUUCUAUCCCAGCUGAUCCUAAUUGUGGGGGAGGAGGAGGCUCUUCCGCAGACUAGUGACUUCAAAAUAAUCGAUCUCUACCUCAUCCUCAACUUCCUCAUCAAUGUUCUCGUUCUCCUCCAGAACAUCUUCACAUCCUGCUGUGUGGCCAGAAACUGGGGCUGCAAUGGCCACACAACCAGCCACACACACUCUCCUCCCACACCAGCGGGAUCAGCAGAACUGGGAGAUGGCAGUGGGGACCAAAAUGAUGAGGACAAACAGACAAACUUUCGAGGUCCCAUAAACGAAUGCUCUGCCUACAGAAGAAAUGCCUUGUUGAACAAUGUGUUUAAAAUAGGCAUGCCCAUUAUCUUCGCAGUUUGGAAUGUUGCAUUCUUCUUCUUUGUCGUCCAGUGGUCCUUCGACGAGUAGAGGGGAGAGGGGAACCAGUAUGCUUCCUGAGUAUCAAAUGAAAGAUGGGGGAUAAUAUCAUGACAGAAGGAGCGAAUGAGCUAGAACUUCUAUCAUUAAGCGCACUCCAAACAUUCUAAAACUGUCUGAUUUCUAAGUUAAUUUCUUUCGAUCUUUAAUUAGUGAAGCAGGGGCGGAUCGAGGAUUUUCUCGAGGGGGGACUUAUUUUCAACAAAAUUUCAAUAAUUUUGUAGACCUUUUUUGGGUCUACCUCGUUGAUUUUCCGAGUUAUCCACAAGCACCUGUUUUGGUUAAAUUUUCUGCGCCGCAGGCAAAAUUUUGAAAAAAAAAAACAUUUUGGGAAAAUGCUUUUUUAGACCUAUUUGGAAAAUGUUGACCAAAAAAUGGUGUUUUUUCGUCGCGCGCUUACAAACCCCCCUUAAAACUAAAAUAUAGAGUUUUUAGGGUCCGAAAAGAUACCUGGAAAAUUGCAUGUAUUUGAUGACGUAGUGAUAUCACAAACUAAUCAACUAACAAUUUCAAUUCGUUUUUUGAUAUUUUUCUGCAGGGUUCAAUCUAAUUAACACCACACUAGCAACCCACCUUUAAUCAUCCAGCAAGCCGGUGAAUUUUAAUUUCCAAACUGAAUUGUUAUGGUGAACCCAAAUUUUACGAUCAACAUCGUUUUGAGAACCGCUCAAACUUAAAUGUCAGAGCAAGAGAAAAUCAAAAACUUUACUUUGUGGUGCAAUACCUCUUUCUUUAACGAGGAAAGAGAUGAAAUUGGUUAUGUUAAAAUAAACAGGGACUUCUCGU